UUUAAAGCAGCAUAUAUAUACAAUUCAUAUAUAUAUAUAUACACGUGUCUUCAAUUCCAUGGAUGCUUAUUUCACUAAUCGCCGGAGCUCCGACUACCCGCCCCAGGAAUCUUCAUGUUCUCAGCAUGAUGAGCUCAUUUUCUGGCAGGACUCGCUGCCCUUCAAUCUAGAUAACGACUCUACUUCUGAUGAUCAAGAUAUGCUACUUUCGGACAUGCUUGCAGUUGCAGCAGAUCAGGCAAACAAGGCAUCAACAGUGGAUCUUGAUAAUCACUCGUCGAAAUCGAGUUCCUUGUCCGUUGGUGCCUUCAAAGACGAUGAAGCUUCUGCAACUACAGCCAGUAAACAAAUUUCAAAGGCUAGCAACAACAAUUCAUAUCGCGGUGUGAGGCGGAGGCCAUGGGGAAAGUUUGCAGCGGAGAUAAGGGAUUCGACAAGGCAAGGCAUUCGUGUAUGGCUAGGGACGUUUGAUAGCGCGGAGGCAGCGGCCAUGGCUUAUGAUGAGGCAGCCUUGUCCACAAGAGGGUCAUUGGCUGUGUUGAAUUUUCCUGAGGACAAAGUGAAGGCAUCACUUAAUAAGAAGAUGAGGUCGUGUGGUUUCGAACAAGGGUGUUCCCCGGUUGUGGCCCUUAAAAAACGACACUCUCAAAGGACGACUAAACGAGGCGAUGAUAAACUGGCCGUUUCUGAUCAGAAAGAGAGGUUGGUGUUGGAGGAUUUGGGUGCCGAUUAUUUGGAACAACUAUUGAUGAGCUCGUCCGAAAGCCAGUACUAGUACUACUUCAUAUUUCAUGUUUGUAAUCUUUGUAAGUUAAUUUCUAUAUAUAAUAUGUUUUUUUUUAUAUACUCACACGCACACAUAUGACGUCUGGAUAAUGUACCUAGCUAAAUAUUGUGUAGUUUGCAGUUUCCUUGUAGUAAACCCAAGUAUUAAUUAGUA